CAAGGGACGUGCAGCCGGUCGAGAAGAGAGACUCCAGUAGCUCACUCAGCUGCGAGUACCGUGCCUGCUGCAUUGUGAUCCGAUUUGGGUCCACAUCCUAGGCUCUCAGAGCUGUGGGCAAGCAGCAAACGCUAGCAAUAGCCACGAGUGUCGUAGGAAGCCUCUUGUUGAUUGCUGCUGCUCUGGAUGGACGAGGCUCACGCCGAAAGCCUUUCAUGCAAGCGCGGUGUGUCCGCGCAUUGAUAGCUAGCGCGCGGCGCGGGGGCUCGCUCGUGCAUACAUCAGGGGUGCUUCGCGCUUGCACCCCAGCAGGGCCCACCACCUUCUCAAUUUCAAAUCAACACCCUUCCUGAGCGGCUCUUCUCUUUGCAAGUCUAGACUCUUGACCACCAUCGCAAUCAUCGGGAUCAGCGUUCCGAGCGGCGUCCCCUACAUUCUAUCAACGAGAUCUGUCUGCAUUUUGGACAAACGAAGAUGACGACCCCAUCUUCGGACGCCGCUUAUCCCUUUGAGGCUGCUCCCGUUCCCAUCUCCACAUUGACCGACGAGACGGGAAGCAUCUCUCAAGAUGCGAUUAGCGCCUAUGUCAAGCAGGCCUUUGCGAUGAUUCGCGCGAGUCAUGGUUGGGCAAAGGGCAAAGUCAUCAAGACGGAGGUGGCUCCUGUUCAGAGCUUCAAGGGUAACAGCGUGCACAAAGGCCGACUGGCAAAGUGCGGCUGGCACGGCAGACAUAGCGUGCACCCUCCCUCUGAGGCAAAGGGCUUGACAUGGGAUGAUUUCAAGGCUGGUCUACUCAUCGAUCACCCUCAGCAAGAAACCGAGUAUAUCUCCGAAAUGACGGCUGCCAAUCAGAUUGAUGAGCUCAAGAAGGGUGUGGCAGAGGUGUGGAACAAUACCUACAAUCUGCCCAGCUUGACGUCCAACAGAGACUUUUUGGAGCUGCUCAUCACUCUCGAGCUGCCACCGCACCCCACACCUUACUCUGAAGCGCACGAAGCGCUGGUGCUGCAGCAAUUGCGUGGUGAAUCGCUGCCAGCUUCCGAGCCACAGAGCCUGCGCAGCUUCAUCGUCAUCCAACAGCCCGUAUCUCACGACAAGUGUCCUCAUCGUAGCAGCGAAGGAUACGUCCGAGCAUACUACGCAUCCGUCGAAGCCAUCUCCGAGACGCAAGCUGGCGAGACGGACUGGAGAAUGUUUUUGCAGUCUGAUGCUUCUGGACGCAUCCCGCUCAUGUUUCAAGAGAUGGCCAUGCCCAGCAAGACGGCCCCUGACGUCCCUUGCUUUAUCAACUGGAAGUCUUCGAAAAAGGCGACUGGUAAAGAGGAGGCACAGAAAUCUGUUCCUGCUGUGGCCGAGCCCACAGGUGCGGAGACUCAAGGCGCUGCGUCAACGGCUCCAAUCGACUCGCAGCACGCCACUGGAUCUUCGGCUGCCGCUGAUGCUUCCGCACCGGCACCUGCAGCUGGUGUGGAUGCAAAGACUACCACAACGGACGAGCCGGCUGUGGCUUAACACGGAGUAGGAGCUGGCGAUACACCAGCUGCCCCAGCUCCGAGGGACACUGAGCAGGGUGCCUGACAGUGACACGAUGAACGCACACCCGGACUACUCACAGGUCUGAUCGCUGGCCUCUCUUCACAACACGACCUGCACAUUCCUUUUGCUCGCCUUAAGAACGCACCCUUAAAUGCAUAUAUUUUCGACAGCCGAGUCAAAUCUGGCAGUGCCACGUGAGGCGCCGACAAGCUCAGCCUCCAGCGAUCUGCGCGACCCUGGCAUCUUGGACUCCACUCCGGCUGUCUCCAUCAAGCACGGUCCUCUUCUGACCCCUAAGUCCAUCAUACCACUGUUUAUCCAAGCCCGCUCUAGCUCUAUCCAGCUCGUUGAAAGGUUCCCUCAAAAUUCCCGAGAAAUUCUGGCGGACCUUUUGGCGAAAGACUUGCACUGGGUCUUGAGGAGGGUUGUGAGCUUGACACAAAUGCACCAGCCAUCGAUGUCCAG